UUAGCAUUAAUUAUUUCUUAUUAAUUGUUUAAGAUGUUGAGGAAUCAUUAUCAUUUAUUAUUUACACGUCUUUUUUCAUGACUUAGCGCGUGUGUAUUUAUAACUUUAAAGCCAAGUAGUAGGAGUUCAAAGGAGUGAUGAAAAACCGUGCACCAUUUUUCUUUUCUUUUUUUUUUGGUGCAUUUAAAUUUGAAAUAUGACUGAAUUAUUAAUUGAAUGUUGACUAUGCAUUUGAUGUGGGUGAAUAAUAAAAGCAUAUACUAUUAAUAUUUUAUGUACAGGGAUUUUGAAGACUUAGCUAGAAUCAUGGGAAGCACAAUAAUAACAAUUGUCAUUAUCUUUAAUCUUUAUUGAUAUUUUAUAGAAUUUAUAUAUGAUAUUCUUGUAAUGGUUGAGAAGUCGCUUUCUUCUAUGCAAAAGAUUAGCUUUGGCAAUGUUUGGAAUGAUGGAUUUCUAUUAUACUGUGUAUAAUCCAUCAAUUUCCUUUUCCAUAUAUUUGAUGCCUUAACGUGGAAAUCUUGUCUUUUGCUCUUGUACUAGCAAUGUUGGUUUGGGUUUCGGUAGUAGAAUGUACUUUGUUGAGUGUUGAGGAUGAAAGUCGGUAAAUUUUUGUAGGCUGAUGAUAAGACUUACAUUGCUGACUAUGUUCAUUGUUGCAUACUUCUGUUUGUGUUCCUAGUAUUCGUAGGGAUAAAUCUUCUAAGGUAAUAUAUCUAAGCAUAAUGGACAGUUCACACUUCACAGUGUAUACUAUUUAGUAUAUAUGAGGUUUUUUAUUCUUUUUCUUGAAAGCUUGAUCUGCAACGUAUGAGUUGUUGAUCAUUUUGAAUGAGCAUGAUGCAAUUAGUGAUGAAUCUGUAAAUCUGUUAUGAAGAUAUCGGGUAUUUUAGAUUAAUACUGGUCGUUGGUGGUUGUUUUAUAGGAGUAUUUAGGUAGAUAUGUAUAGGAGUAUUUGAGUUUUGAAAAUGAAGCAUGGCUUCUAAUCAAGCAUCAAUUAGCUGAGUAGCUGCGGAAGUAUUUGUUUCUGUAGAAGGUGAAAAAUUUUGAAAUGAGAUGUCAGAUAGAUUGUUGGCCAACCAUGGGUUCGGUUGAUUCUUGUUUGACUCUCAAAUAUAGGCAUAUAUAGCUGAUUUUGAAGACAAUUCUUCGACAGAUUUGGUUGCUGGGAGCAUUUGAUGUUUAAGAUAUGCUCCUGAUGUCCCAACCUUACUUUUUGUGAAGUUCUAUUCAACUAUAGAUAAAGAUGAAGCUCCAGCUGCAAAGCAUUUAUCCAUUUCUCUUGUUCUUGAUCUGGAUUCAACAAAUAACAUGUGAACAGGUUUCAAAUUCAUCUGGAACUAAGUGGACUUGCUUAUGUUCUUAUAAAGAAACACAGAGUUCCAUCGAUGUAGCUAACUGCUCCGCAUCUUGUGAUUGCCAACCUGGAUCUACAGGAAAUUCUUGGACAUGUUCCUGUGAUAGUGGUCAAUUGCCUCGGCUUGCAGCAAAUGAUCAAAACACUAGCUGCUUUACAGCCUGUAAUUGCACAUCCGGAGUUCUUACUAGUCCUCCGGCUACAAGCAAGCACAUAUAUACGAGUAAUAUAAUAAUCAUUCUCGUCAUAUGUUUGGUGCUCGUUACAUUUGCAUUUAUUGCAUUUGUUGUCUGCUACUUUUACCGAAGAGACAAGUUUCAGCAACCAAAUACCUUGUCUGACAGAGGAUCUAGCCUGAACAGUACAACUGACCUGAUAAGAGACAAAUAUUUUUCCCAGUCUUCUUGCAAAAGCAAUGAGGGGUUCUGUGGCAUUGUUUCCCUGCUGUUCAGAAGAAAAAUGAGAAUAAUUCAUGGCACAGUUGCCCAUUUUUCAUAUACAGAGCUGGAGCAAGCAACCAACAAAUUUUCGGAUGCUAAUUUAAUUGGAGUUGGGGGAUGCAGCUAUGUAUAUCGUGGUCUUCUCAAAGAUGGUCAAACUGUGGCUGUGAAACGACUCCAGACUUCCAAAGGACUGGAUUCUGACUCUGAAUUUUUUAAGGAGGUUGAGAUCAUAUCAAGACUACACCAUUGUCAUAUUGUGCCUUUACUAGGGUACUGCUCCUUAUCGUUGAGCAAACAAAACGAGAGACUUCUUGUUUUCGAAUAUUUGCCAAAUGGUAAUCUGAGAGAUUCUCUGGAUGGUCAAAAGCAUUUGAAUUGGGAUACUCGUGUUGCAAUUGCCCUUGGAGCGGCUAGAGGGUUGGAAUAUCUUCAUGAAGCUGCUGCCCCAAGAAUUUUGCAUAGAGAUGUCAAAUCGACUAAUAUUCUUUUGGACGAAAAUUGGAAAGCGAAAGUAACUGAUCUCGGUAUGGCGAAAUGCUUAAGCACUGAUGGUUUACCUAGCUGUUCCUCUUCUCCUGAAAGAAUACAGGGAACCUUUGGCUACUUUGCACCAGAAUAUGCAAUUGUUGGAAAAGGUUCAAUUAAAUCUGAUGUUUUCAGUUUUGGAGUUGUUCUUCUUGAGCUGAUAACCGGUCGAACUCCAAUUUUCAAUGUAUCUGACAAGGGAGAUGAAAGCCUUGUUAUAUGGGCUGCUCCUCGACUUCAAAAUAGCAGGCGUGUUAUAUCAGAAUUGCCUGACCCAAGAUUAGAUGGACAAUUUCCCGAAGAAGAGAUGCAAAUAAUGGCUUAUUUAGCGAAAGAGUGCUUGCUUUUGGACCCUGAAGCCCGACCAAGCAUGAGUGAAGUUGUGCAGAUCCUCUCAACUAUUGUUCCAAAUGUGUCAAGGCGAAGAAGAUAUCCCAUCAAUUUAUUUCAGAACUUGUCCUCUCGCAGCAUGAAAAGUGAACAACCAGUAACCGAGAAGUCUUCCAACCAAGUUGAAGUUAUCGUAGACUCUGACGAGCUCAAGCAAAUGUGUCCAAGUAGAUGGUCAUCUCGAUGUUCAUUUUCUUCCGACAUUGAGCGCACUCUCUUGGGUGAUAGUAUUGGGAAGGCAGUCAAUCUCGCGUCUGUUCAGUAUGUUGACAGUAUGCUUUAUCUAACGUCAAAUAAAAGCCGCAUUACCAAUGGUGAUGAUGAGACAGUGGACUUGACAGAGCCUCGAUUAGAAUCAUUCUGUAUGGGAAAUCAGUGAUCUUCGAGUUCUAGGGUGCCGAGCAGUUACCCAACACGGUUUUUCUCGUCCAGACUACGAUCCAGAUAGUAAUUUAUCAAUGAGGAUCACAUUUCUAGCAAGUGUAAGUUAUACAGCUUUCGGGUUUUCACUCUCGAGGUUUCCCUAUCUUCUCUGCCAAGACAAUGAAGUAAAUACGAGAUACGUUUGGUUCAUGUAGCUGACUCCAUAUUAUCGGGAGUAAGACUUUGGCAGUCGGCAUUGUUAUAAUUAGAAACUCACAAUGUACACACCAUACAAGCAUCCGAUACAAGUUCGUAUGGUAAAAACUUUGUGGACUUUGGACAUAAAUUCGCCUGUAUAUUGUUAAGUUACCAAGUUUUAUUUAUCAGCAUUUUUAAGGGGAAGUUAUCCUCUUAAUUUUGGUUAGAUUUAAAAUACUUAGAUCAAUUAUCGGCUUGAUUUUAGUUCAAUUAAAGUAGAGUUAAAUUCGGUUAUAUAUUAACGUUGAUUGUGUUAAAUUAUACUCCCUCCUGUGCUACCUAAUUGUCCCAUUUGUAUGGGCACAAAAAUUAUGGGUAAUGGUCUUUUUAAAUAAAAGGCGGGAAUUGUAAGGGUAUACAAGAGCAAAAGGUAGAGUAGAAUGAGUAAAAUGGUAAAAAAAUC